UGUACCUUCAGCCUUUUAGCCUUGUAUUCAACUCAACCUAACCCAACAUAACACAACACCGAUAUUCAUGCGCCGAUAAUCCCGAUAAAUUUCACUUGAAUUAGACAACUUGUAAGGAACUCCGAAUCCAUACGAUAUGUCGAAAAGACAGGCCUCUGAAGCUUUAGAGGACCUCCAGGGUGUUGAUACUCCCGUAUCGAAAAGGUCGCGGCUCGACGAUGGUCCAGAAUUAAAUGGGAAUGAUACCUCUAUUUCGGAUGGGAGACUCGACGAUGAUGGUGACGACUUUGAGGACGAGCCUUCGAAGGCACCGAUACGACAAUCCGCUCCUACAGAAGGAUAUGACGACCUUUACCUAGAUACGAUCGACCGCAACGUGCUCGACUUCGACUUCGAAAAGCUAUGCUCCAUCAGCCUGUCAAACAUAAACGUCUACGCAUGCCUAGUCUGUGGCAAAUACUUCCAAGGACGCGGUCCUAAAUCACACGCAUAUUUCCACUCUCUCGAAGUUGGACACCAUGUGUUCAUCAAUAUGGAAACGCAAAAGGUCUAUGUGCUACCAGAAGGCUACGAAGUGAAGAGUAAAUCUCUGGACGACAUUAAAUACGUAUCUGAUCCAAGGUACACGAAACAGGAGGUGAUGGAACUAGAUCGCAAGGCGCGAGCCGCGUGGACACUGGGUGGGAAAGAAUAUACACCUGGGUUUGUGGGGAUGAACAAUAUUAAGGAGAACGAUUACCUUAACGUCGUAGUUCAGGCGCUUUCUCACGUUUCACCGCUUCGAAAUUUUCUCCUACUAGAAGAUCUCUCAUCGCGCGCUGAACUCGUGAAGCGUUGCGGUAUUCUAUUCCGGAAAAUAUGGAACCCUCGAGCUUUCAAGAACCACGUAUCGCCUCACGAACUGUUACAGGAGAUUUCAUUAAGAUCUAACAAGAAGUUUACCUUAACGACGCAAUCCGACCCUGUUGAGUUCUUAUCAUGGUUCCUUAACAAUUUACACUUAGGAUUAGGGGGGAGCAAGACAAAACCGGGGAGCAGUAUCAUACAAAGGAUAUUCCAGGGGAAGCUGAAAGUUGAGUCGCAAGCUAUCACGGCCAAGGCAGAUGCCAAUGAUCGCUUGCGGUUUGAAGAGGCAGCAGAAGUGAAGGCGGAUGUCAGCCGCUUCUUACUCUUGACACUCGAUCUACCACCAGCGCCCCUAUUUCAGGACGAGCUGGAACGAAAUAUCAUUCCGCAGGUCCCCCUAACUACCAUAUUGUCGAAAUAUGACGGUGUCAAAGCGCAGGAGCACCUGGCGCAGAGGAAACGAUAUCGAUUAAUGCACCCCUUGCCGCCUUACCUCACGUUCCACAUUAAACGCUUCUCCACAAACAAAUUCGUAUCAGAGCGCAAUCCUACGAUCGUCACCUUCGACGCGCGCGUUGGUCUCGAUGUAUCUCCUUAUGUAGAGCCAAGCCCAGCGGAGUAUCCUCCAGGAGAACCUAUUUGGUACGAUCUGGUUGCGAACGUUACGCACGAGGCUGUUAGAGCAAAGGAAGACGUGGCGGACUCAGGCGAGGAACGGAAGACAUGGAAGGUCCAACUGAAGGAUAAGGGGAGAGACGAAUGGGUUGUAUGCCAGGACCUAUUCGUCGAACAGACCCAGAAGGAACUGUUGUACCUGGGCGAAUCUUAUCUGCAAAUUUGGGAAAGGCGGCGAGAUCCCAAAGGCAAACGGAAAAUAUGAAAAUACCUGAUCGCAUGAGAUGGAUUGAAUCAAGUUAGACAAGCAAUUAGCACAAUUGGAUCCAUGAGAUCCUCUUGUAGCUUGCCAUCACUUUACUAUAAAGAUACCAACAAUUGUGUGCUUCUCAGCUAACCUAAUAUGUCUUCGUGCUGCGAACACUCAUGUUCCCGGUUUUAUUAACUUGAGCCAUUGAGACUAUUCACCCCUA